AUAAAUUAAAUCCAGAUUUAGAUAAAAAGGAAAGAAAAUUUAAAUUUAGGUUUCCUUCUUGGAACCCAUCCCCCUCGUUGUCCAGCACCGAUCACCGUCCGCCACCCAUCGGGCCUCCGUCUCCGUCUGCUACCGAACAUUUGCAGCCCGCGCCUCCGCACCCUGGUGACAGCACCGUCUCUUUCUCUCUUUAUUCCCUAGAUUUCUCUCUCCCUCUCUGUAUCUAGUUUCUCCCUCGCAGCCAUCCACGUCCAGUCGCGCCGCUGCCCGUGGUCGUCAGCCACACCGUCGAUCGUCUGCCUUAAUCUUGAUUAUUGGGGCUGGCUUUAAAGUCUUGAGGGAUAGAAGCUUCUGUCCAACAGAUUAAAGAUCAGGUUGGUUUCUGCAUUCGCAGCUUCGGUGAAAUUUCGGAUUUGGCAAACGUUGGGGGUAAUUGACUUGGGAAUAAAUUUGCUUGCUUUUUGGGCUCAGUCUCGAGGGAAGAAAGAAGGAUAAAUGCAACUUUUUCAACUAUCAAGAGUUGUUAUGGUAGCAUAGCCAGGUUGCAGGCAAUGCGGGGGAAUGUGGGUCCAUUAGAUGAGAAUCAAAAAACAAAAGCGGCAACGGAGAGCUGUGAGAUUCUACACUACAUGCUGUGGAUUCAGGCCACCUUUUAAAAUCUUUUGCGAUGGAACUUUUGUGAACCAUCUUCUCUCCAAUCAGAUAAUGCCGGCUGAUGAAGCUGUUGCUAAAACCGUUGGUGAUAGAGUAAAGCUUUUCACCACCAGAUGUGUACUCUUAGAGUUGAAGGCUCUUGGCCAAUCCUACUCGGGAGCUUUUGAGGCAGCUAGUCAGCUGUUCACUGCAAGAUGCGACCAUGAAAAAAGAAAGAGUGCUGAGGCAUGCAUACUUGAUGUGAUCGGUGAAUCAAAUCCUGAGCAUUUUUUUGUUGCCACUCAAGAUACUAAUCUUAGGAAGCAACUUCAACAGAUACCUGGAGUCCCACUCAUAUUUGGUCUGAGAAAUGCACUUUUCAUGGAGCAACCCUCUGAUGUGCAACGGCAGUUUGUCAAGUCUUUAGAAGAAAAAAGAAUGCACGUGUCUGAGGUGGAACGUGAUUUAUUGAAGAAAAAAACGAAGUAUGUAGUGGAAGCUGAGAAAACUAAUGAAGAUGAAGAUUUGGAAGAUCAAAAUUUAGACACACUGGUUUUGAAAAAGAAAAAGAAGAACAUUCCAAGUAAUUUGAAAGACCGACCUCAAUUUAAAAGAAACAAAGCAAAGGGUCCAAACCCUCUUUCAUGUUUGAAGAAAAAGGUUAAACCAAGUCCACAUCCAGUUUCAGAGAAGAAGAAGGAUGAUGAUAGUGUGGCUCAAAAGCGUACACGGAAACGAAAGCGAUCGCGAAAGGCUAAAGCACCUACAGAGACGGUCAUGUCAUAGUUAGGCUCUUUUUUUGUUGUGCCUUGGGAAAUUUUGUUGUUGUGAGGCAAAUGGUAGAAUGAUUUGGUCUUAACUUCUUAGCUGAGGAUUUGAAAGUACUUGAGCUACCCUUGAUCUCAAGUGAUCAAAGUUUUGAAGAUCUAUUUCUUCGAACUCAAAAAAUACUUAGUCAACGUGUUUAAUCAAUUAUGCAGAAGCAAAGGAGAUAAUUUCGCCGGUUAGUUUAUAUGUUUCUUCCAUUUGUGCAAUUUAUUAAGUUAAAUGGUGAGGCGAUUGUCCAAUUUAUUGUGUGUUUUCAAAGGUAUUUACUGUUAAAGGAACACUUUCUUUCUACAAUUGAGAUAACUGUUAUUGAAGAGCUUUCAUCUUCAAAUAGAAUACAAGAUAUAAUUAUAUUUUA